AGCCAUCCGGACGGCUUACACGAUGACUUCGAAACCUAUCCCUUCGCCCCUUCAAGCAAUAUAUGGAUAGGCUAUCUUGACCAGCCCACGAAGGCUUACCGUCACUUCAUCAGCCUCGAUGAUCUUGUCGACAAGGCUCAGGAAAACCACGAGAAUGGUUACAAGAGCAGAUUUCCUCUUUAUGUGGCCACCUUUGAUGGCCGCGACGGGCGUUAUGUCCCGCUCAAUGAAGAUCUGAUGUUUAGCACUCAGUGUUCUGCCUGCAAAGACAAGAAAGACUGCGAUCGUGUGUUGAUGCAGUACUUUCCUAUCAAAGUCUGGAACUACGCUCGUAAAAGACCAGUCAACAUCUUCAUCAAAGGUCAGACCAUGCUCGCACUCCUGAGACACAAAUCUCACGGCAAAUAUGGCUUCCAGCAAACCAGUGGUGAGGUCUCGAAGACCAUGACUGUUGAGUUUGCCGAGCCGAGAUCCAACUCUGUCGAUGAGAGAGAUGCAUCUACAGAUGAAGCUCUCAACCAUGAUAAGGCAUCUUCGCCAAACACGAAUAUAUCAAACUACUUCGCCAAACCGCUGAAUUGUACUUCCGUCAUUGACCUUACACUCGACGAGGAAGACGAGCAACCUAUCGAGCCCGAGCUUAGAAACACUCUGCAGAACCACGAAGUCAUAUCAGCCGCCACUUUGCAAUCUGAGCACCACCCUUCGCAGCUUGCUUCGAACACACCUACUGAUUUGAUGAAGCAAUUCGGUGGCAUGAUGGCCAGUAUCGUAGCAGGCUUCGGCAUCGAUGCUCUGGACCAGCCUGAAGCCAGAAGAUUGAAAGUUUGCAUGGGACAAGCUGCAAAAACGGGAAACAAGACACUGCUCUGUCAUUAUUUCGGAGCACUGAAUGCUGUAUUGCUGGUUGGCAAGUAA